AUGUCCGCUGCGCAGAUUGAGACGCAAGCCAAUACCAUUGACAAUAUGCCUUUCAAUGCCGCAGCCCACCAGGACAACGAAACAGCGGUAGAACAGACGGAUAAAGCGAAGGAAGGAGCACCAGCGAAUGGAGAAUCUGCAAAGGCAAAUCCCAUUCUACCUCCAUCCGAUCACUGCUCCCUACGCUGUGAUUGCGUGCCGACCGAGUCGUACCUGAGCGUGCAGCCGUCCGCCGAGAAUCCGUAUACGGUCCUGCUCGCCAAGCAAGCCGUAGAGGACCUCGGUGAGAGUGGAAGUAACGCGGACGGGAUGGAGACGGAUAGUUCGGGCUAUAUCUACGCUGGCGCCCCAGAGCAUAACGUGGUGACGCGGUAUAACCCAGCGACGAGAGUCAUGGAGCCAUUCGUGCGCGCUCCCUACAUUCAGAAUGGCGUCCCGGGAGAAAUGCUACGCUCUUUCUCUUUCCUCGCGCUCUGGGCGGCUGUCACCGCCGCCCAGGCGACUGGCAGCGUUUUCGACUUUCCGGAGUAUCCCCAUGCAGGGACACCUGAUCCGAACUCAACAUUUGCCAACGCAGUGGCCCCAUUGCCCUCUAGUGUUGCGAAGAAUCCGACGUUGGCCGGGGCGUACAUUCACUACGACACGGGGCUUUACGGACCCAAGCUCGAGUUGGUGCAUGCCUACUACAAUUACUGGCCAGUCGGUGUAGGCGUUGCAAGCGACGGAACCGUCUUCACCACCUUGCCGCGCGGCAAUGAGACGUUCACGCUCGCCGUGUUCAACAGCACAACAACCGAAGCGCCGUGGCCGAACGAAGAUUGGAAUACCCCACCAGCGUUCGAAAACGCCAGCAACCCCGGGUACAGCGUCGUGACCGAAAAGUUCCUCUACAUCCAAUCAGUGGUCGUCGACGGACUGGACCGUGUAUGGGCGCUGGACACCGGCCGCCCUGAGGUGAACGGCUCCUACCUGCUGGCUGCCGUUCCCGGAGGGCCAAAAUUGAUUGGCUUCUAUCUCAACGGUACCAACUUCGCCGCAUAUACCUUUCCGUCGUCCGUCGUGUACGCUGACUCGUCUGUCAACGACGUGCGCUUCGAUCUACGCGGCGGGGGCUAUGCCUACAUCACCGACAGCUCGCCGAACCAUCCCGGCAUAGUCGUCCUCGAACUCGCAACGGGCGCGUCUUGGAGACAUCUUGACGCCCAUCCGUCCACCACGCCGGACAACAGUUUUGUCCCCGUAUAUGACGGAGUCCCAUUCUACCUCCACCCGAUCACUGCGCCCUAUGCUGUCAACAACUUCGGACUGUACGCCGCCGACGGGAUCGCACUCUCACCAGAUGGCGCCUACUUAUAUUACGCCCCGCUGGCGAGCCGCCAGCUCUGGCGCGUGCCGACCUCGUACCUGAAGGUGCAGCCGUCCGCCGAGAACCCAUAUGCGGCCCUGCUCGCCAAGCAAGCCGUGGAGAACCUCGGUGAGAGUGGCAGUAACGCGGACGGGAUGGAGACAGAUAGUUCGGGAUAUAUCUACGCUGGCGCCCCAGAGCAUAAUGCGGUGACGCGAUAUAACCCAGCGACGGGAGUCAUGGAGCCCUUCGUGCGCGCUCCCUACAUCCAGUGGCCGGACACCCUGUCCAUUGUGACCCUACAAACCGGCGAAAGUUACGUCUACUUCACUUGUAACCAGUUGUGGCUCGGUCCGAACUAUCAAAAUGGCACGGACUUACGCACGAAACCAUAUGCGAUGUUCAGGGCGCCGAUCGAAGCGAACAAAGCCGCACAAACUGACUGA